CAAGAUUGUCUUUUUGUCUUUGGCUUUCAGCAGUUUCAUUAUAAUGUGUCUUGGUGUGGAUCUUUUUGUGUUUAUCCUAUUGGAGUUUGGUAAGCUUCUUGGAUUUGUAGAUUUGUGUCUUUCAUCAAAUUUGGGAGGUUUUCAGCCAUUAUUUCUUCAAAUGUAGUUCUUUCUGUGGCUUUCUCUCUCUCAUCACCCUCUGGGACUCUCACAAUAUGUAUGUGGUUCCACUUUAUGGUGUUCCACAGGUCCCUUAGGUUCUGCUCACUUUUUCUCAACCUUUUUACUUUCUGCUCCUCAGACUCAGUAAUUUCAAUUGUCCUGCGUUCAUGUUCAUUGAUUGUGUCUUCUGCCUGUUCACAUCUGCUUUUGAACUCCUGUAGUGAAUUUUUUCAUUUUAGUAAUUGUAUUUUUCAGCUCCAGAAUAUCUUGUUGGUUUCUUUUUAUAUUUUUUACCUCUUUAUUGAUAUUCUUAUUUUGUUCAUACAUCAUUUUGCUGUAUUUUUCCAUGUCUUUGUUAGCUUUUUGAGCAUUUUAUGACAGUUUACAUCUUUGUCUAGUGUGUCGGCCGCGUGGGCUUCCUCAGGGAUGUUUGUUUGUUCUCCUUUGAAUGGGUUACUUUCCUGUUUCUUUAUGUCUUGUGAUUUUCUGUUGAAAAUGGACAUUUAAAUCAUAUAAGUGGUAACUCUAGAAAUCAUAUUUUCCCCCUUCCCAGGGUGUGUUGGGGGUUGUUAUUGUUGUAGACUAUGUCUGUGCUGGGGAUCAGCUUGAGGUGAAAGCUUAAGGUCAUCUCAGAUCUUUUCUGAGCUCACAUCUUUCUCUGGGUUUGUGCAAUGACUUUCUAAAUCCCCUCAUAUUGUGUGUGUAUCAGUUGUUUUUGAAAGUCCUAAUCCCUAAAUGUCUGGCUCCCAAUAGGGGGGAAAGGGGAGAAAACCCAACUGUCCCUUUAAAUCUCUGGGAAGCCACUUUAGCCAGUGGGUGUUGAAAAAAUGAUGACCUGCCUCUGUGUCUGUACAUCUCUGAUCAGAAGCCGUAAUCUGCAAUCAGAACACAGAACCCUGAUAUUUGGAGGACAAGGUCCUUAUUGCCCAUCCCACAAUAAUAACACCACCUGAGCACUUUAUAUACAACAUCUCAACAAAUCCUCAUAAGAGCGCUGUGCAGCCAGUACCAUUGAAAUCCCUAUUUUGAAAAUGAGGAAACUGAGGUUCACAGAGAGAAAGCCAUUAGACCAGACCUUCAAUUCAGGAAGAGGCUUUCAGUUCCAUAAAAUAUGUGAGAAAGAAAAACAACCCUUGGUAUCUGGGAGCUGACCUGACACAAAUAACGGGGUAUUGGUAUUUCUAGGAGCCAGCCUAGAGUUCACAGCUAGGUCACUGAACAUAAACAAUUUCAUAGAACGCCAACAUCACACAAAGUCUCUCUGUGACUGUGAUGAACCAAGACAAAAACAAGACCACUCCAUAAUCACGUCUGAACACAGACAAACAGAAACACUGUCCAAGCCACAAAAGACUAAACAUCUCCCUCUCCCAUUCUUCUCACCUUCCAGAUAAGAUAGAAUUACUCUCACUUCCUGACAGCACCCCAUUCAGAGAAAAUCUCCACUUCCUUGAACUCAUCCCCAAAUCACAUAAGACAAGCCCAAAUUCUGUAAAUCUGUUCUCACACUUUCUUACUGAAAUGUUGUACCAUUCUUAUGGUGUGUACCUUCCCUCACUGCAGUUAGUCAACAAAUCCAACUUUGUUGAACCACAAGUGUGUUCCUAGUCUUUGGCUGAAGUGCACUGGCACCUGCCAAGUGUGUACCCAUCUCAAGGCCUUUGCAUGUGCUGUGUGCUUAGUCCAGACUUUGCUUCCUCUGGCUCAUCUUACGUAGUCUGCUCAAAUGUCACUUUUUUUAGAGAGCCCUUCUCUCUCCAUCCCAUUUAAAAUAGUCACUGUAUUAGUUUGCUAGGGCUGCCAUAAUAAAUGCAGCCAUAACAAAUGACUGGAUGACUUAAACAACGGAAAUUUGUUUCUUCACAGUUCUGGAGGCUGGAAGUCCAAGAUCAAGGUGUUGGCAGGGUUAAUGGCCUGCAAACAAAAGUAAUGUAGAUCCCUCCCAGGUCAAAGCAUUUGACUAUCCUUCCUUAUUCCAUAGCAGCUAAUGAUGCUGCAGGUGGUGCAGCCUCCACUGGCCAUGGUAUUUGAAGGGACUAUGUAGAGCAGAGCUCUCCACCAACCCACAGUAGACAUGUAAGAUGAGAAAAAAAAAUGUGUUAAGACACUGAGAUCCCAGAAUUCUUUUGUUACACAGCAUAACCUAACUUAUCCCAGUUAAUACAUCCCCCACUAGAGUGGAAGCUCCAAGAGGGCAGGGACUUAGCCUGGAUCCUUAGUGCCUGUUGAAAGAUGAGUAAACAAUACUUAUUUAUGGAAUAAUUGGAUAUGCCAGGCACAAGGUGAAGUUGCUGGGCAUGGAUUAUUCUAAUAAAAGGUGGAUCUAGAAAUGAAACUGAUCCCAGAACCUGGGACUGAAGCCACUUGGCCACAUUCCCACUAACUAACCACUGUGUUAAUCCAAACCUGGACCGUUCCAAGAAUUUGACAUCAGUAAUCUCUUGAAAGCUUAAUAACACCAUAGUUUGUGAUGGAAAGUUCUAGUAUCCCAUUUUACAGAUGGGGAAGUGAGGUUUAACAAGUCUCAGCAACUUGCCUAAAGGUCGUGUAGCUCACAUAGUGCUUACCACAGUCCUGGUACAACUGAUAUUUCCUAACCAUGGAUGCUGUGACAAACAUGGUUGGUUAUACCAAAUAAGCAUCCUCUUCUACAUCUCUCCUGCAUACAAAGCCCUGAUUUUUUUUGGAGUCUUCAAUGACUUCUAUGGUCAGAGAAGGUUAUACUUCCCCAGUCCCGGAGAACAAAUUCUGAUUGGCUUAAGCCAAUCAUGGAAAUUUUCUUUACUUUCAGAGAUUGAUUUUGAUCUGAACAUGGGACCUAAUUCCGGCCAAUGGAACUUUAGGAGAGAUCUGAUGGGAGGAUUUGGGGAAUGGUUUUAACUUUAUGAUAUAAAAGAAUACUGCUUGUAGGAGACAUUAGCUGCAGUAAUUAUUACUGACUGCCAUUUUCUAAAUGUUUCCUGGACAUAUUAGAAUUCCAUUUCCUUUGUUGGGUUGGUGAACUGCUAGUGCCAUGUAACCAUUUCUGGCCAAUGGUUUGUGAGCAAACGACAUGUGUCAUUUAAGGCCAGAGCAUUUAAUUACAGACAUGAAAUCCUACAGAGCUUUCCUCCUCCUUUGGCAUAAAACUGGAAAUGUUUGGGAUGGCAGUUGCUCAGUCAUCCUGUAUCCCUGAGUGAUUGUAAUGCCAACCCACAAGGGACAUGGAGCAUGAAUGGGAAGUAAACUUGUGUUAUUGUAAGUCAUUGAGAUUUGGAUGAAGUUUAUUGUAAUAGCAAAUAGCCUACCUUGAGUGAUACAGAAAUUAGUAUCAGGAGUGGGGUGCUGCUGUAAUAAAAAAAAAAAACAACAACACAUGGCAUUGGCUUAGAUACAGAGCAAAGGGAAAAAGAAAAUUAUUUGAAGCCAGAAGGAUGGAGAUUAUUGCCUGAAAUACUUUGGGAGGCAGAUAACAUACUUAACGAACUUGCAGCUUUAGGGAAAGCAGUUGGAACACAGGACACUAGGAGUGAAUAUUGGCCAAAGAUGGCCCCAAAUCAGGAAGACCUUUGAGAGUCAAAGUCCAGUUAGAACUCAGAUUUUGUCAAGGAUAAAAUCAAGGAUUAGCACCAAUCAAAUCAUUAUUAACCAUUGUUAAGAUCUCUGAAUAAAUUAAGGUACUCCCAGGAAACACUUAAGAUAGUCUGAGGUAGACAAAAUGGCUUAGAAUAUGGCUUUCCAUGGAUGCCUGAUAGAUUCUAAGGUACCUGCAAUGAGAGAGAGGGAGAGCGAGGGGGAGAGAGAAAUGAGGAACAUCUUGAACAGAACUGUGGAUGUGGGGAGUUUGUACAUGGAGUUAACUGGAGACUUAUAAGAAUCCUUAGGUCCCACACUUUAGGAGACAGAAAGCAGGCUGAGAAAACUGCUCAUGUGCCAAGGAGGGCACAUCUUCCAAUGUCACCUGAGAUGUAGCCAAGGAAGAUAAUGGAAAAGGGGGUAAGUCCCUGAAGAGUGAAGACAUAAGCUACAGCGAGCAAAGAUUUGGGAAGCUCCCCACCCUUAAGGAGUUGAUUUGGUACUAAUUAAGGAACCCUCCCCAUCCAUAAGAUAGGAAGUCCUUACAGUAUCUUUUCACUAGAUUUUAGAAAUUAUACAGACCAGUGAUUUCUGUGUGUCUUGCCUUAUUCGCCUUUCCAAUUGGGCAUUUUGACCCAUUCCAUCAUUGUAUAUUGGGUAUGUGGAGGGCAAAUAAUUUGACUUUUUAGUUCGCUCGUUCUGACAUAGGUUCACUCAUUGUGUUUCCUGCCCAUCUCUUGCGGACAUUUGAGUCUUUGACUCUACAGCCUACACCAAGCUAUUUGAUGACAUGAACUGAAUUGGACCCCCGGAAGUGCAGUGGAUCAAGGUCCAUUCCACUGCCCAGGGCUGAUGCCGAGUUCUGUGGGUGACUUCACAAUGCCCCAAUGGUUCCCAGCCUCCUUCUGUAGUCUGUAGGUGGCCAUGUUGGCCACCUUGUGGCUGCUUAGCCUUUCUCUCCCCACUUCGUGGGCCCAGAUGUCAGUCAGCUGUGCCUACAAGAGUCUCUGCCAGCAGGCCCUACUCUCAGGCAAUGAUGUUGUCCUGCAGUGUGACCAUCUCAAGGCACGCUGGUACUUCUCUUCCAUUCUGGGGGAGGAUCUCUUGUUGCUCUCCUCAGUGCCUAACAUAAAGAAACUGCCUGGGGGCAGCCUCCAAUUGACCAACCCUCAGCCCUCCCAGACAGGCCUCUAUCACUGUGAGGACAAUGACAGUGCCCUCGUGGUAGAGUAUGAGAUUGAUUUCCAAGAUGUCACUACCCUGCACAUUACGCACAAAGGCCUGGGCCAAAAGCCCCUGCAGAAUGAGACCCUGAGUCUGGGUGGCAAGGAGCUCAUCUUCACCCACUGGGAUCCCAGGCAGGACUGUAACCGCUGUGGGGAGCCAGGUGAGCACAAACGCCUGGGGUACUGCUACAUCGAGGAGCCCCUGGAAAAACCCAUGCCCUGUUGGCUCUAUCUGCAAGAGAGAAGGUGCAGUACAGACGCAUGUGGCCUGAGAUGCAGGUGGAAGCUGACCUGUGGGUAUCACCAGUCCCAGCUCUUCCCAAAAAUGUUAUACACGGUUUAGCAGGGUGCAAGUGUCAGACGUAAAAUAUUAAUGCCUUGUAAAAUUCAUGGCCCUGCUAUUCCAUUGUGAAGCAACAACAAGGCAGAUCUGAAACUUCCAGAACUUCUGCCCCCGAGGAGAGGGAAGCGCUCACCCCUCACAUCCCAGACACCAUCGCCAAAACACCUAAGGCUUCAUGUGGUGCCCAGAGAUGCAAAGAUUCCUGCAGAAAGGGGAAAUGUUCAUGGAGAACUAAAGGGGGUCCAUUGGGAAGCAGAAGCAGAGAAUAAUGACAAUAAUAGCAAACAUUUGGGGAUCUCCUAGCCUGGUCAGAACGCACACCCUUUGCAAACGUUAUGUCCUCAGAGCCACCCACGAGGCUGGGGUUACUAUGAACUUCUUUUUGUAGCUGAGAACACCAAGGCACAGAGGGCUCAAGCAAGCUGCCCGAGGUCACAUAGUGAAGUUGGGAAAGGGCCAGCAAUGGAAGAGUGAAAGGAGACCUCUGGGCGGCCCCCAGCCCUGCUCCCAGGAAACCCCCAGGGCCCUGUAACCGCAGCAGCCCAUCGGGUAGCAGCUGGAAGUGGAUCCAAUGCCCAGGCCUGUCUGCACAGCACUGAAGGCCGCCCAACCCACACCAAGGCUGUCAGUGCCCUACUGUGCAGGGCAGACCCUAAGGUGACCCCAGUGAUUCCCAGCUCCUGGUGUCCGUGCCUCUGUGUGACUACCCACGCCUUCAGUGUAGAUGGUACCUGUGACUUGCUUCUAACCAGUGGAAUAUUAUGAAGGUGUUGGGUGUCGCUCCUCCUAUUGGGUUACGUUACCUAAGACUCUGUCUCAGCCCGCUAGAGCAGGAGAGACUUGCUGGCCCGAUGA